CAGAGCGGCUUUGCCGGGCGGGGCGGGGGGCUGCGGGUGGGAGGGGGUCGGUCGGUAGCACCGCGGCCCCUCAGUGUCCGUUGAAGCGCCGCGGCAGCGGCCGCCACGGGUGGCGCUGGGCAGGCGCCUGCGCUGAGGCCCCUCACCGGGGCUGAGGGGAGCGGGGCCGCCUGCCUGCGCGGGCUGGGCGGCAGCACCGGCGGCGUGUGCGGCCUCGGUUCCCGCACUGGGGAAUACCGGCGGCUUCCGGGAGGAACUUGCCGGCAAGCCACUAACAGCUUCUUACCGUGUGUCCCCGCCUGCCACCCCCCCACCCCCCCGGGUUAAAGGGAAGAGACCGCUAUGGUUGAAAACUCUCCAGCCCCUUUGCCAGAAAGGGCAAUAUAUGGAUUUGCUCUUUUUUUAGGAUCGUGGUUUGGCUUUAUAUUGUAUCUUAUCUGGGCAUAUGUUCCUGAGACUUGGCUGUUCUCAUUGGGACUAACAUACUGGCCUCAAAAAUACUGGGCAGUUGCUUUGCCAGUGUACCUACUAGUUGCUAUAGGAAUUGGUUAUAUAUUACUUUUUGGUAUUAACAUGAUGAGUACAGCUCCACUGAACUCAACGCAUACCAUUACAGAUAACUAUGCAAAAAAACAGCAACAGAAGAAAUUUCAAGAAGAAGCAAUUCCAGCAUUGAGGGAUAUUCCCAUCAGUGAAGUAAACAGAAUGUUUUUCCUUCCUGAUAAAGGAAUCUGCAAUAGCAGAUAGUUAUUAGGAUCUGUUUGAAUAAAGGAUUAGUGGAAGUGUUACAUAAGGAAAACCAAAACUCUCUAAGCUAAAUAACCCUCUUUCUGCUGUAGAACAAAGCUUUUUUUUUCUCUCUCUGACUUCCAAACUAAAUUUAUGUUAACAUGUUUUGUUGAGAUGGCUUGAUUUUAUUACUAUGCAUGUGCCUUAAUAAUCUGCAUUGGCAUGAGACUUAUGUCACAUUAAUCUUGUUUUAAUCAUCACAGUUUCUCAUUGAAUGCAACCAUACCUUAGAGUGUGGCCGUGCUAGUUCAUGAGCACGACUGGACUGGCAGUGCAGGCUGGUACCAGUGUAUCCAGACCCAUGGUAGUUUAAUAUACAUAUUGAAUGCAACUGGACUGGUAGUGGUAAAUUGAACAUCGCCUAGAAUUUAACCCUAGCUGCACCCAGCCUCUCACCUUGGUAAGCAGAGUUGGAAGGCGGGGAGGGGGAGGUUAUUUCCUGCUAAAUUACUCCAUUCCCCUUUAACACAACAGAAAAUUGCUUUAAAAUAACAAAAACCAGAAAAUAUCUAACCAUCCUUGUGAGUUUAGAAUAGUAUUCUAUUACUUGUAGAUUUCUGCUUGUAAUUUCCCUGUGAGAGUGAAAGGAAAAGAGCUUUUGGACGUAGCUUAACCUAUUUCCUGUUGAAUUCAAGGAGAGAAAAUGUGUUCUGCUAGUCAAAUGCUUGAGGAACUUCUUUUUGCAAGUGAUGUUAAUUUGAAGUGUUUACAUUGUAGAUAUACGGUUUUCAUUUGUAAAUAUUAAUAAAAUGUAGCUAUUUUUUGGUUA